GGCAUAGUCGUAGGAAUAGGCGUAGGCAUAAGCGCAUACGUACAAUCCCACACACAGUCGCGUACGCAGUAGGCACCCCGCUCGAAAAAUGGAUCCUAUGAAAAAAUUCAACGGAAUGAAAAACAUGGGAGGCAAGGAAGUGCGCAAACGAAGAAAGAACAAGAAGGACCCACAUGCACCAAAGAGAUCUCUGUCCGCGUACAUGUUUUUCGCGAAGGAGAAGAGAGCAGAAAUUAUAAGUCGAGAUCCCGAUUUGAGCAAAGACGUCGCAACUGUUGGCAAGAUGAUUGGAGAGGCAUGGAAUAAAUUAGACGAGCGAGAAAAGGCUCCCUACGAGAAAAAAGCGCAGGAGGAUAAACUCAGAUACGAACGCGAAAAGGUGGAGUACGCCAAAACGAAAAUGAAGGCAUAACGCUCGGGGAGCUUUGCACUCGGACUGAGCAUGGGGGAAGCCGCGCGGUACAUGAAUGGAAAUGUAUAUGUGCGUGUAUAUAUGCGUGUAUAUGUGCGUGUAUAUAUGCGUGUAUAUGUGCGUGUACGUAUGCAUGUACGUAUCAGCACACGCGCGACUGUGAAGACGGACGCGAACCAUGCGGAUGUUGGCCUGCUCAUUUUUGUCAGGGCCACGCAUACGGUGAACUUUCAACAGCUU